ACCACCAAAUGGUAGGUAAAGUGUCAGUCCUCUAGUAUGAUAAAAGAAGAUGGAUUGGAGAGUGGUGGGUAUAGCCUUGCCCCCACACCAUGCAGUGAUCAUUCAAAUCCUUUUUAUAAAGCAACCAACAUAACAAAGCUUUUCAGCUUCUAAUUUCUAACUUUAUCUAGUCACUUUAGAGAAAACUAAAACAUUUAAUAUAUCACUAAGCCCACUCUAGUUCUUCCUCUACUCACAAAAUUGAUCUCUCACCCUCUUUCUUUUCUUCACUCCUUAAGUGCAUCAUAGCAUGUAGUAACAAUCCUUAAGAUAUCAUGAAAGGAAUGAGAGGCAACUUUCUUACAAAAUUGAAACUCAUUCCAACCAAAACCAAACAAGGCCUUAUUCUUAUCCAAAAAUCUCCAACUUCACCAUUCUUUGAUGACCACAAAGAAAACAACCUUAGUGGAAGUGAGAAUAAUGAUGAAAAACAACAUUUUGAGGAACAAGAAUUCAAUUUCAAAGCUACACCAACUACAACCAUAAAGAGUCCUAGUAACACAUCACCAAAAGUUUCAUGCAUCAAAGAAUUCCCAUCUCUUAAUGAUUUUGAAGAAAAAUGUCCACCGGGAGGAACCAAAUCAAUAAUUCUUUACACAACAAGUUUGAGAGGAAUAAGGAAAACAUUUCAAGAUUGCAACACAAUACGUUUCUUGUUGAGAAAUUUAAGAAUAUUGUACCAUGAAAGGGAUGUGUCUUUGCAUUUGGAAUACAGAGAGGAGUUGUGGAAUGUGUUGGGAGGGAAAGUGAUUCCUCCAAAGCUUUUUAUCAAAGGAAGGUAUAUUGGAGGAGCUGAUGAAGUGAUUGGAUUGCAUGAAAUGGGUUGGCUUGGGAAGAUUUUGGAAGGAACACCAAAUGUUACUAGUGAUUGUGUUUGCAUUGGUUGUGCUAACAUGGGAUUUACUAUUUGUUCAACUUGUUGUGGAAGUUGCAAAAUCUUCACCAACAAUGAAUGUUUCCUUAGAUGUCAUGAGUGUAACGAAAAUGGCCUUGUCAAAUGUCACAUUUGCUGCUAGAAAUUGAGAUUUGAAUUGUCUUCGGUGGUCGGAAAAUCUAUGCAUUUAUAUAACUAAUACGUGUGAAUGUGUGGAUGUUGAAUAUCAACUUUGAAAUUUAAAUUAACUGAUCUUUAUCCAACGACUAUCAAAGUGUCGAUUGUGUGAAUAUAUAGAUCGUUGACUCCAAUCAAAAUUCGAGAAAUUGAACUUACUAAAAUCUAGUAUGCAUGUAUUUGCUUUAUUUUUUUA